AUGGUGACGGGUAUUGCCGGCAGCCCUCAGCAGGCCGCCUCCAACCCAGUGGUGGUGAAUAUGAGCCCUGCAGCGCAGGUUGAACAGAAAAAAAGUGGUGAUAAUAGAAGGAGCAACAAGCCGAUUAUGGAAAAGCGGCGGCGGGCGCGCAUCAACAACUGCCUAAACGAACUGAAGGCGUUAAUUUUAGACGCUAUGAAGAAAGACCCGGCUAGGCAUGCUAAGUUAGAGAAGGCUGACAUCUUAGAGAUGACUGUAAAGCAUUUAGAAGGCCUGCGGUCUGAAGGGGCUGGGUCGCCAGACCGAUUCCGUGCGGGAUACAGGCACUGUGUGACUGAAGUGUCUAAGUUCCAAGGAAUAGAGCCGGCCCUGAAAAGAAGGUUGGUGAGGCACCUUGAAGGUUGCGUCAAUGCUGCAGGUGCCAGGCCAGCUGGAGCUCCCACGCCUCCGUCUGACACUGAAGAUGCUCCUCAAACUCAACAUUCUACUAUUUUUAUAUCUGCUGGUCCCGGAUCAGGCGUGCGCCUAGUGCCCACAAGAUUGUCUAACGGCGACAUCGCGCUUGUGCUACCAGCUGGUGUGAACGCGAGCACUUUGGGCGCGAUACCAACCCUAGUACCACUGUCUCCACGAGAUGCAUCUUCCUCCACGUCUUCAGAGACUAGAUGCUAUUCCCCAGCCAGCUCUGGUUGGGGAUCACCUCCUCCACCUCCUGAAGAAUCAGCUCCCCUCGCACUUGUAACAAGAAAAGAGACUCCAGAAGAAAAACCUUGGAGACCAUGGUGA